AAUAAGUAGAGAUGUCCAUAAAUCAGACCAAACUAUGUGUACCAGAAGCAGAGUAGGAAAUUCAUCUCACAGAGGUCAGGUUAGCCCGCUUGUUGAGAGGAUGGCUCCGAUGCACCAGGUGGUGAGGUGGUUCGAGAAAGGGAUCAGAAGGCCCAAGACAUCCUUCAAGGUUCACCCUGCAAUGUUUGGAAAGCUGAUCCAUGAUGGUUCCACUGCAUUAUGCCCUUCGACUGAAUCAAUCACUUAGCAGUACUUUAAUUGCAAUAUGAUGGAGGUCAUUUGUAACUAUAAUAGGAGUCACAAAGAAAGAAGUAGUAUUAUUUUUCUUGUAAGAAGGUUAUCCUUUUUCUUCCACUAAAUUGGAAAGCAAUGUGUGCGUUGGCAGACAAAGUCUAAGUCAAUACGUACACAUAGAUGCAAAAGGGUUGCAUCUUCCUUACUGUUGACCACUCAAAAAUUCAUCAAAACAAUUAGUCUCUUCAAACCCACAAUUCAUUUCAUUCUUCUUUCUUCAUCUAUAAGAUAUUUUGAUCAUGGGAAAUUUGUGCUCAGUCUCAUGCUCAAUCAAGGACACUGUCUCUCGUUUCUGGGAUUGCGUUGCUGGACAAGUAAGUUACACAAUCAAGCUUGAAGAUAAUCUUAAAGCUCUGAGUGUGGAAGGGGCCAAACUGAAAGCUCGAAGGGAUGACGUGAACCGGAGGGUAGAUCUUGCUGAACAACAACGUAUGAAGCCGCUCAAUGAAGUUCAACUCUGGCUUUCAAGUGUGCAGACUGCGGAAGCAGAAGCUGAGGUGUUGAUCAAAGAUUGUCCUCAACAAAUUCAGCAAUUAUGUUUUGCUGGCUGCUUCUCCAAGAAUUGUAAGUCUAGCUACAACUUUCCUGAACAAGUGAGUAGCCAACUUGCAGAAAUAGUUUAUCUAAAGAAUGCCGGAGUAAAGAAUGCAGGAGUUUUUGAAAGUGUAGCUGAGAAUGAACUUGCAGUCCAAGUGGAUGUAAGACCUGCUGGAUCCACGGUGGGUUUGGAACGAACAUUUGAUGAAGUCUGGCGCUUACUUGAACAAAACAAUGUGGGUAGUAUUGGUUUACAUGGCUUGGGAGGAGUUGGUAAAACAACACUCCUGACCCAAAUUAACAAUAAGUUAAGCAAUGAGCUAAUCGGUUAUGAUGUUGUAAUUUGGGUGGUGGUGUCUAAGGAUCACAACAUCGAAACAGUUCAAGAAAAAAUUGGUGAAAAGGUUGGCCUUUCACGUGGUGGGACAUGGAAGAAUAAAAGUUUUGAUGAGAAAGCUGUAGAAAUUUGGAGAGUUUUGAGCGGAAAAAAGUUUGUUCUGCUGUUGGAUGAUGUUUGGGAGCGGGUGGAUUUGAUCAAAGUUGGAAUACCUGAAUCGGAUCAGAAAAAUGGUUCUAAAUUAAUUUUUACAACUCGCUCCUUAGAUAUAUGUGGACAAAUGGGUGCUCAUAAGGUUAUCCAAGUAGAGUGUUUAAGCAAAGAUGAAGCUUGGAAAUUGUUUGAAGAGAAGGUUGGGGAAGAAACCAUUGACAGCCAUCCAGAUAUUCGAGAGUUGGCUAAACAAGUUGCUGAUGAGUGUGAAGGACUACCUCUUGCACUGAUUACAAUUGGUCGUGCCAUGGCUUACAGUACGAUGCCUAAACAUUGGGAAUAUGCAAUUAAGGUAUUGAAAGAGUUUCCGCAUAAAUUAGUAAGCAUGGAUGAAGAGGUGUAUUCUCGUUUAAAAUUUAGUUAUGAUAGCUUACCUAAGGAUACGAUGAGAUCUUAUCUUUUAUACUGUAGUUUGUAUCCCGAAGAUUUUGAAAUUCCUAUUGAUGAGCUGAAAGAUUAUUGAUUUUGCGAGGGAUUUUUGGAUGAAUUUGACAACAUAAUUGAUGCUCGAAUGCAAGGGGAGGACAUUAUUAAUUCUCUUGUUAAUGCUUGUUUAUUAGAAAGAUGUAAAGGUUUAGCAAAAUGUGUCAAGAUGCAUGAUGUGAUCCGUGACAUGACUUUAUGGAUAGCAUGUGAAUGUGAAGCACCCGAGAAUAGAUUUUUUGUAAAAACAGGGAUAAGAUCAAUUAAGGCACUUGAUGUUGAAAAUUGGAAAGGUGUAAGAAUGUCAUUGAUGUACAGUCAAAUUAAAAAGUUACGAGGAACACCUACAUGCCCUAAUCUUCAAACUUUAUUUCUCAAUGGUAAUAGAUUGGAGGUAAUUAGUGAUGGUUUCUUCCAAUUUAUGCGCAACCUGAGAGUUCUAAACUUGUCAUCGAACCAAUAUCUCUAUGAGUUGCCACAGGGAAUUUCAGAACUGGUUUCACUAGAGUGCCUUGAUCUACGAUGGACAUGCAUAAUUGAGUUGCCAAUUCAGCUGAAUAAGUUGUCAAAACUGAAAUAUUUGGACUUGAUGAGGACCUACCGUCUCAUUAAAAUCCCACGAGAAUUGAUAUGUAAAUUUUCAAAGUUGCAAAUAUUCAAAAUUUUUUCAGACAGUAUUUGCAGGACUGAUAUAAACAGUUUAAUAGAGGAAUUGAAAUGCUUACAACAUUUGAACGUGCUGUGGAUAGAAAUACGCACUGAUUUUGCUCUUGAAAGCCUUUUGAGUUGCCACCACUUAAGAGGAUGCACUGAGGGACUAUGCCUUGGAGGUUGGACGGGGACAAAGGUAUUGAGUGUUUUGUUUUUAGAAAAUAUGGAGCGUUUAGAGAACCUAGAAAUUACGGAGUGUGGUAGCAUAGAAGAGAUGGUAACAAGGAAUAUAGAGAAGGAAUUAAGGGAAAGAAGAAUGAUACAAACCUCCUCGCUCUCUCCCACUAAUAGUAAUACUAUCACUCCUCGCUUUCAUGCACUGAGCAAGAUUUCAAUAUUCAAUUGUCCCAAGUUGAGGAACCUGACAUGGCUUAUUUUUGCCCCAAAUCUAACGCAGCUUAAGGUAGGUUUGUGCCUAAGAAUGGAAGAAAUAAUAAGUGAAGUGAGUGAAGUUGCAAAUGUGGUUGGAAUUUCGAAUCCAAGCCCAUUUGCUAAGCUAGAAUGGCUUCAUUUACAAAUUCUAUUUGAUUUGAAGAGCAUAUACUGGGAUACCCUACCCUUCCCAUGCUUGACAGAUAUCAUAGUAUUGAAUUGCCCAGAACUGAAGAAGCUUCCACUCAAUUGUGACAGUGCAAAGGGAAAUCAAAUCAGCAUUGUCGGAAGUGAAGAUUGGUGGAAAGAGGUUCAAUGGAAGGAUGAAGUCACUCGAUCUACUUUUUUGCCUUCUUUCAAACUUCCAUCACGAGGGAAAGAGCUAGACUGGAAGGAUGAAGCCAAUCUAAAUGCUUUCAACAUCCUAUUCUAAAGACCGCAGAGGAAAGAGACUGAUGCGUCGACAAGUCAAUCAGUUUGAUGAUAGCUACAUGAAUUUUGAAAUCAACAUUGAAAGAAAGGAGGGAUAUGCUGGAAAGGGCUAGAAUGGGAGGAUUUAUGUCUAAUAAAUUUCCAGAGUUAUGAUCUUGAGAAGCAGAAAACAAUGAAGAAGCCAAGUGCAAUAGAUCACAAAGUAUUGUUUCAUUUUUCUAUUCUCUUGACAAUUUUAGUUUGCCUUGGACCUUUGAGAUUGUAAUAUGUAUGCUCUAUUUUGUGUGGU